CUUUCAUGAGCAGGUGUGACAAUCGCUUGUAUAUUAAGUAGCAUUUACUCAGUUAUUGUCAACAUAGUAUGACAAUAUCCUAGAAUCAGGAGUCAUGUCCAAAUGCAGCAAUGAUAAAUUCCUCUCAGCAGUCCUCUGUGCAGUCAUGAAACUUCCCUGUUCCUCCUCUAGCUAAACCCAAACCUUGCAUUUUAUCUUCUCAGAAACACAGAUCCGUUUUCAUUCAUAACUCUGACCUUAUAAACCCGUGUGUGUAUUUUCCCCCUCAGUAUGGGGCGUACACUUCACUCCACCACCCAUGCUGCUAAUCCCUGGAUCCUUUGAGGAGGACCAUGAUUUGUGGGGCGGUGUUGCCAGGGGGAAGGUGGUAGCGGUGGUGGCGCUUGGAUCCUGUUGGAAAUGACAGCUGAGGAAGGCGGAUUGGAGCUCGGGGACCAGAAAAGCAGCAGAGGCAGGAGAUAGCGAAAAAAGUGCCGCACUUCGCCGUUUUAAAAGGGGUUGCUGAGAUGGAGUCGCUAAUGAACGUGGUGACCCCGCGCUCACCGGCCCCCGUUAAGAAGCUGUCCGAGGUGGACUUCCGCUCAGGGGCCACCCUGGAGCAGCUGUCGGCACAAGUGUCAGAGCUGGUGGUGCUGGAGCAGGGGGAGUUUGGAGACCAGACUGCCUUAGAGGUCCACACUGCCAAGGACUUUAUCUUCAACAUGCUCGGUUUAGUCCAGAAGGUUGACCAGCGCCUCCCGGUGGCCAACGAGUACCUCCUCCUAUCAGGCGGGGCCCGGGAAGGCGUCCUGGACCUCAACCCCGAGGACCUGGGGGAGUACGCCAAAGGGGCCGACUUCGACUUGGAUUUCACCCUGCUGGUGCCCGCUUUGAAGCUUCACGACCGCAACCAGCCGGUCACUCUUGACAUGAGGCACUCGCCGCCGUGCCACUCGUGGCUCAGUCUGCGCCUCUGCGACUCCAACGUCCUGUCGCGCUGGAACAUCUGCUGCCAGGAGGAGAACGGGCUCCCUGCGGAGGAGGACGAGGAGGAGGUGGAGAUGGGUAAAGGCUCUAUCCCCUCCCUGGGCUCUCCUCAGUCCCUGGACGGGUGCUACUUCUCCCCCACCUUGGUGACAGACUGGUUCUGGGGGGUUGUGAGCGCGGCUGUGGAUGAGCUGAGGCGCAGCCCCCAGAGAGGCAUCCCGACCCCUGAACGGCUGGAGAGGAACGGACCCCUGACCACCAUCGUCCUUCAGGCGGGAUCCAGCCGGGUUCUGUACGACCUGCUGCCUGUGGUCUCCUUUCGGGGCUGGCCCGCCGUGGCUCAGGGCUGGCUGACAGCCAACCACUUCUGGGACGGUAAAAUCACAGAGGAGGAGGCCAUAUCUGGCUUCUAUCUGCUGCCCUGCUGCUCCCCGCUGGGCGGUCGGCCUGACAGGGAGUGGAGGCUGGCCUUCUCACGCAGUGAGGUUCAGUUGAAGAAGUGCAUCCCUUUCCCCAUGGCCCAGGCUUUCCAGGCAGCCAAGGCAGUGCUGUCCCGUAUCCUGGCCCGUCCUCGAACGGGCCUCAGCCUCUACCACCUGCGCACGCUUCUGUUUUGGGCUUGUGACCGACUCCCCGCCGCCUACCUGUCCUGUCCCGAAUCGGACACCCCCGGCCGCCUCCUCCUGGGUCUCCUGGACGACCUGGCUCACUGCAUCCUGGGGAAAAACUGCCCAAACUACUUCCUGCCCCAGUGCAACAUGCUGGAGCACCUGAGCGACAGCCAGGCACUGCUGGUCGCCAGGAAGCUGGCUCACGUGCGCUCGGAUCCCAGCGAACACCUGCGGGCGGCCCUGGACCAGGCCCGGCAGGCGGGCCAGCUGAAGAAGGAGCUGACGGCCGGCACCAACGGCCACGGCUCGCCCGGGCACCACCCGGCCAACGGCAUCAUCUCGCCCUCGGAGGACAAGCUGGCUCAGCGGCUGCAGCAGCUGGUCACGGAGAACCCCGGGAAAUCCAUAUCGGUCUUCCUGAACCCCGACGACGUGUCCAGGCCGCACUUCCGCAUCGAUGACAAGUUCUACUGAGAUAUCCAGAAAACACGUUUAAAUCCAGGACGGAGGCAACGUUGCUGCUUGAUGAAGUCUUAAAACCAAAAAAAAAAAAAAAAAAACACACAUUUACUCCUGACAACGGGCGUUCAAUUAGCCGACAUCAUCGAGCUGUUGCCAUGGCGAUGGUCAUCUCCUAACAAGCUGGCCUUACGGAGACCAAACAGCUGUAACUUGGACCUUAAGCACCUAUUUUGCUGUUUAAAACAAGAACCGGAGACUGUGUGUACAUGUCUGCCUUAGGGGGUCCGAACAUGAUGUACCCCUCCACAGAAACCUUUUGAUUCUGUACAUUUCAGCUCUUUCUGUUUCACGUCACAGCGGCGAUGGAUUCUUCAGUAGUAGAAGAAAACGAGCUCAUGAAACUGAUUGUAUUGUUGUGAGGAGAACCGCUGAUUCCUUGAGCAGAGAGUCUCUUUUAAGCUACUUUCUUCCCUCUUAUCUUCACUCGGUUCCUGUGACGGUUUGUUUGACUUUUCUCAGGUAUGCACGGCAUUUUUUUUAUGUUUCUUUCUUCUUCCGUUUAAAGCCCGUAUUAACAUUUCGCAUCACUCAAAUAUCCUUUAACAUACCAAAGAGCUGCAAAUUGAUCGGUUUCGCAAAAGGAGGCGUUUUUAUUUAUGAUCCAAAUGUACAUUUUUCUCUUCCGAACGUCUCCGUGACUCGGCUGCUGCACAUAAAUCAGCAGAAACAGUUCGUCCCAGAGGAACCAGCAGAACAAAUUGAUUUUAAAUCAAUUAGAAAGGCGAAUAGAUAAAUGCACGUCUAUCAAGUCAGGCUCUUUUCUGAACUGCAGGAAGAGAUUCUAACUUUUUAUUUAGCUGCCUCUGAUGGAUUUAAACCGCUCUGCAGAAAUGCUAAGCUAACAGAAUAUGAUCUAUAAGCUCUAAUAGAAGAUGUAAAUCGUUCCUUUUACUAUUAGAAAGUGUGUGAAGGAAGGGUCAUGAUCAGGGAGGGCACAGGUUACAGAUCAAAUGUGUGUUCUGUUAAUACAACACAUGUCAUCUCAUGGCUCUGUGCAAGAGGUUCUGGUCCAGCUCAUAUUCAAGUAUGUAGUAUCCAGUAAAUAUUUAAUCAUUUUUUUGUCAAACCUACUCACAAAAAGCCUGAGAGUAAAGGCCAUCAAGGCUUUUUUCUAAAUGUGUUUCACUACUGCGGUUCUUAUUUACGAAACGAUGGAAGCUUAAAAUAUGCAAGGACCACAUAAAAAUACGAGGCGACUUUAAAACUUCAAACGGGUCUAAAAUUGCUGCCGUAAUGUGAACAUAAUUAACCUCGUCCAGUUUAACGAAGGCCACUGACCGCAAACGUUGUUCAAAUCUGACUGCCGUCUGUCCUUUAAGAGCUGCCGACUGUAAUCUGUUCCACAUCUUCAUAAAAAAAUGCAUUUUAAAUCUGUUUACAGGAAGAACUGCUGUUCCUGCUUCAUGGGUCCUGGUCGAGUGUUUGGAUAAAUGCAGGUCAGGCAAACAUCCAACACCCAGCUGUGUGCAGCCUUAGCAAUGCCAAGCUACUGUUUUUAUGUCAAUGGAAUGGGUUCACAGUAGUGAUACAAUAAUAAUUUGGUUUGAAAUGGUUAAACAUGGAUUCACUGCUGCAGGCUUGGUGGAUUCAUAUAUUUGUCAUUACAUCUGGAAUAUUGGGGGACAUUUGAUUGGGAUGGAGCUUGGUGAGCAAUGAGCUUCAACCACCAGAAGGUCUCAGAGCAAGUAGCUCCAAUGUUAUCAUCUGUCCUUAAACAUAUUGGCCACAUAUAGCAAAAUGAUAUAGUUGUAAAUCAGUUGACAAACCCUACCAGGUACCAGGAAAAGAAAGAUCAGCACACUUCUGGCUUAUUUAAAUAGCAUGUUCCCUGAUCUUUUCCAUUUUUGAAGCGAGGCUAAAAGCAUUAGGGCUGGGUGUCGUGUUAUAUCUGCACCCCACUAAAACCAGUCCCAGACUUAAGAUUAAAUAAAUGUAUAAUAAAAGAACUGUUUUGUUUAUUUUGUAGGAAUUGUUAGGGAUGCUAAUAAUUUGAGCAUCAGUGAUUUUUCUUUAAAAUAUUUGUUGUUUUUCUAAUGGGAAAAAUGAACUUGCAGUAUUUUCAGGCUUUUUGCACAUCUUUAUGAGUGUAAAGACAGGUGGAGGGCGCUGGGUAAUAAAAAUAAAUAAAAAAUGAUCGUCAUCGUCAGGAAUCCUCUAAAUUAUUAAUAGUUUUUGCUCAGAUUUAGAUGCACUAGUAGAAAAAGGACAACCCGGCUGUAAUUUACAUUUGAAACAUGUCAUAUUUAUCUUUAUGUGACGUUUUUAUGCAAAACCUAACCCUUCAUAAAACUUGACAUCCCCGAGGUUAUUACUUCCCUAAGGCAAGGCGUGACCCUAUCUGCAUGUCAGCGUUUAUCUUUAUAUGCGGAUGAUAUGUUGAUAUGAUCACGUAUUCCUGCUGUGUUUCAUCGUUUAGCCAGUUUUUGUCUUUUACUGCUUUCGAAACCACUCUGCAUAUCUUUAUAUUUUUGCUUCCAUGUAGCCAGAUGUUAUAUUAUUUAAAGCUGACUUCAUUGAUAAGUUUCUUUUUGAAUGUUUCUCAAAGAUUUUGGCUGCUUGCUUUAACGUCUGACUGAAUCGAGUUGCCCCCAAAGUGCUCAGUUUUUCCUUAUAUCUUAUUUGAAAUGCAUCUGUUCUCUUUAUGUUGGACAAACUGUGUCUGAUGUUUGGGGUUUUUUCUUUCUUUGAGACUCGGCUGAUUCAGAUAAUCAUCCCCUGUCUCCUCUGCUUGGUUGGUCUCUCUUAAUGAGCUUCAUGUGUCUUGUAAGUGAGCGGAUGUGUUUCCAGAUGCUGCGCAGUGAAUUAUUUCCCCUGCAGUGCGUUCAUGGGGGUUGGAUGGAGAGAUGCAGAUCUUCUGGAAAAACAAACCUCUUUAAAAAAAAAAAAAAAAAACCUUCAUCUCGUUUGUGUUGUAUUUACUAAUAACAACCAGGUUUUCGACUCCUAAAUCGGUCCAGCGCACUGCUUAUGCUUCUGCAGUGGUAUUGAGAUGAUUUAAUUUUUUUAUGUUUUUCAGUCAGCAAACGUUGGAGGUGCAGAACAAACGACUUUUGAUCAAUUUAAAUCAGUUUUAAACACUGUUUCCAAACUAAUUUAUGGAGAAACGUUGCUUCUUAUGGUGGGUCAUUCAAUUUUACUGGAAUGUUUCCUUUCCUCUGCUAACAAACAUGUGCUUACUACUGAAUUAUUGCGGUUUUGUUUUUUAAAUGGUGUCUGAUUGGACUGAAGUGGAUGUAAACCAAAGCGUGUUGUUGAUACGGUACAGAAUGUCAGUGUUUUCAGCACUUUUUUUUACCCCCUGAAAAAGCGAACUCUGCUGCAUUUAAAUUCAUAAGUAAAGAAAUAACUUUAUGAUUGGAUUCAUAGAAGUUACUGUAAAAAGGUCUUCAUGUUCGGUUGAAGAUUAGACACUGGAAAGAUUUGUUUCUUGUUUUCUUUUGCUUGGUUUGUACACUUAGACUCUUUGUAGUGUGUGUGAUGUUGUAAAUGAAGAUAUGCAAUCAUGUGGAGACGCCGGUCGUUUACAGACCCGCUGGAGCUAAGUUUGGAUUUACUGCUGUAAAUAAAAAUAAAAAUAAAAAUAGGAGAAGCAGAUAUAGUAUCUGCAUGAAGAACAUUUCCAAACUGCUUCAGAUCUGUUCCUAAUGAUGAACCUUCGAUGAAUCUGCUGUGGAUUAGUAGCACACUAAAUGAACUGAAUGUAUCCAUCGCUUCUCCCCUGCUCUGUUUUUUGAAAGAGCUCCGGACUGGACUCACUCCGCUGUGUAGAAACCCAGCUUCACAUCUGUUUUUACCUGGGUUCUUCCUCCUGUUUUUUGUAAAAACUGUUGACUAAUCUUUGCUAUAUUUGUUACUGCUCGUUAUUUCUUGGGGGUUUUUAUUGAUUAAUGUUUGGGCUUUAGCAUGAAAUAAAUCAUUACAUUAAAAACAAAAA